AUGUCCUGGACUUACGCUGGUGUCCGCCGGUCCGGCUUGAUGGCCCCAGUCGUACAGAGCCAGGACCUGCGUGCCGUGUUGACGGACACCUACCCGGUCGCUGCUGCUUCCGCUCCCGCUCCCCGACUGUGUGCGCCGGAUCCUAUCCCGACACCCGUGAGCGGGGCAGGACGGGUGUCGGCGGUCGGAUAUCGGACCCACGCCUCACGACCAGCAGUGAUGGGGGGACACGACACUCCACGGAGCAGGGCACGCAGGGCUUCCACCAGGGCGCUGGAUAACAGAUGGCCGGCCAACGGGGAAGAAUUCGCUGCUACACAGGCAGGGGCAGCAAGUACAGCAAGACAGCAGGAGGAGGUGGUGCAUUUGGCAGGGGCACACAUGACCUCUGCACCGCAGUUAGCCGCACGAGCCGCACAAUCCACUGCAAGGCACUACCCAGGGGCGUCGGGUACGUCUAGCCCGCCGGCGAGGGCCGCCCCUGCGGCUUCGGCUACCCUUCCAUCCCGCAGGGGCGUGUUGGCAGCCUCACUAGUACGGAAUCGGGUAGGCACCGGAGGAAGUGGCCUGCAGGAAGCCAGCCGCGUACCGAUGGCCUCGACGGCAGCCGCAGCGGGGUCUCCCGAUCAUGCGAGCGGUCGGAGGCCUACACGCACUGGCAAGGCUGGAGGUGGUGCUGAUCCUGGUGCUGGUCCUAAUGCUACUGCUGCUGCUGCUGGUGGUGGGGCGGCGGCGAGGUCGGGGGCGGCCAUCGCGCCAAGCAACAAGGGUGAAGCUUCUGGUGGAGAUCAUGUCGAGACUGGGGGGACACCUGCAACAACAUCGCCUGCACAAGCAGCUGAGACGGGAGGGGGCGGGUCGAGAGAGCAUGCUGUGCCGCCGGCAAUGGCCGAGCCAGUGCCUUCGACGGCGCAAUUGAGCUGCUGGCGAGACGCUAGUAGCUUCCAGGACCCGCCGAUUACGGGAAGCAACGGGAACGGCGGGGCGACGCCCAGCGGGGGUGAAUUUGGUGGCGCACGGAGCGAAGGGAAGCCGCAGCAACCAGCGGCGGCGGCGACGGCGGCGGUUGUCGCUGGGCGUGCGGGGGUGGCGGUUGCGAGCGCCGGGAGUGCUGCCUCUUCCCCGCUAAGCGGUGCUGGAGGUAUCGCCGGAGCCGGCGGCAAGAAGGUGCGGAAGAAGACGAAGCCGGUGUCCGCAGCUGUUUUGGAGGUGCGCAACCGGCGUCGUGAGAAGAUCCAGGAGAAAGCGGCGCAGAGGAGGUCACCGGCUGUUGCCCAACUCGUUGCCGAACCAAGCGAGUCCCUGCCUCGGCACACCGCCACUGCUGAGCUUGUUGGUGGUGGAAGCACGGAGCCUACCGCUGUGGGGAAGAAAAAGCUACGCAAACCCGGACGCACUCCAGACCUCGGCGUUGCGGCUUUGCACAAAGCCUUGUGGGGCGGGGGCGGGAAACGAGCGACCCAGGGUCGAAGGUCCUCCAGCAACAACGCUGCCGGGCUUGACAACCGAGGGGGCUCGGGCGCGCAGGGGUGGGUGCUGCAGAAGCAAAUGCGGCAGCAGGAACGAUGCAUACGGUACUGGAACCAGCAGCAGCAGCAGCAGCAGCAGCAGCAGCAGCAGCAGCAGCAGCAGGAGGAGGGGCUCGUAAAGGGGGCGGGUUAUCCCGAGCCGCACGCUUGGCAAGAGGAGGGGGGAGGCGUUAAGGUCCGCAAGUAUGCGCCGGAGGGGGGAGGCGCUACGAUCCGCAAGCAUACGCCGGAGGAGGGGGGCGUUACGGUCCGUGAGUAUUCGCUGGAGGAGGGAGGCGAUACGGUCCGCAAGUAUACGCCCGAGGAGCAGAGGGAGGAAAACGAGAGGGUGGAGAAGAAGCAAGAGGAACAGAAGGACAAGGGGGAAGAGAACCGAAAGGACGAGGAGGCGGAAAGGGUGAAUGGGAGGCCUGCCUCGCACAUGGCACCCUUCUGUGCUGCCGAUCAAGGAAAGAUCCACGCUGCAGCCUCCUCUCAUUUCGAGGGAAGAUGCUACGACGAGGAGGUAGCGAAGUCCAAGAAGCUACUGUCCUUCGAGGACGCCGAGUCGUUCUUGGCCAAAAACCUGCCGGGCGUGGAGGACGUAUACUCGAUGGGUCAGACCAUCGGCAUCUCGAUCCGGGGGGACGGCAACUGUUUCUGGACGUCUUGCUCCCUUACGGCGCUGCUGUGGGCCUCGUGCCAGGACCACCUACAUCACCUGCAAGAUGUUCUCGCCCGUUACAGGGCUAUUUGCCGGGGUAGUUGCGCGUACUACGCCCUCUCGCUGGCAAUGAAGAAAGGGAUUCCAUGGUUUUUCGAUCGUACAGGCAGGGGACCCUUUCCUGCGCCACACAUAUCCUCCCAACACGGCCCCGUGUCAAAGAACGUCUCUACGCCGUCUGGAACCGGUAAGCAAUUCAGGUCUUGCUACGUCAAUUUCCCUGGUACGUUCUCCAGCUUGUUUAUUUUUUCCGCCUCUUUUCCCUCCGUCGUUAACCCCUCAAAGGAGAACGUUGACAAGUUCGUUUCCUUCGUGGAGAUGCUGCUUGGCCUCAAGACGACGGGAACCUCCAAUCAGGAACUGGUGGGUACCCUUGUACGCCAUCUCUCGAAACCCUCCGAGGGGAGGCAAGCAGGUAACCUCCACGCGCCCUUGUUCAAGGGCAUGGUCCUCGCCACACGAAUUGCUGCUACGGUCUACAAGACCCCAUCAGCCAGGCCUGAAAGUUUGGACGGUUUCGCCACCGUUUCCGAAUACACCAAUGGUGACAUGUUCGACCUGAGGCCAGGCGAACCUCUGGGGAUUCGCGUCGACCUUGUGGCAGAUUACUACGAGCCUAGCGGCAAACAUGUGACAUAUCGGUGCAACGACGGCGACAGGAAGGAAUUCGGUUACGGGCUUGUUUCGAGACGCCUUCCCUUGGUCGAUGGCAUCGCCGUUCGGAAGGGUGCUCUGGCACACUUUGAUCUGCGGAUUGAAGCUUGCUCCAGCGUUGGCACCGCCCUUGCUGAGGCAUUAGAGAUUCGGCAGCUUACGGACGAGGACGGCCUGACCGAGCACCACCGCCGCUUGAAGCUGGAGAUUGUGUCCCAGGUUGUCAUUCAUCCUGGAGGGUGCCCAAGGUGUUCGAUGCACAUCCCUCAGUCAGCAGUGGCGUGCGAAAUGUGUGAAUUCCCAGUGCCGGAGGGAUUCGUUUACGCUCCGGAUGCGGGAGGCGGUGCUGUGCAUCCGGCAGCGGAGGUGGCGGAGGUAGCGCCAGCCAGACCCUCAGCGACCAACUAACGGGAGCUACACGUCCAUUUCCUUCCCAGGGGCGCGGGUCUCGGCGGGGUGAGCGAGGCGCAGACGAAGUUGGACCAACUCCACAGCAUGCGCAACGACAUCAUCCUCGCGGAAGAAUUGCCGGGGGGCUGCAAGGUCGGAGAAAAUCGCACAUGGUGGCUCCAACAAUCUCGACUGGGUUAUCGAUGACUGUGUAGUGUUCCAAGACGUGAUCCAGAUCCACGAUGAGAUUGCUGUCCAAGUAGUGCCCUGAUGCACCACUGUCCACCAACAGACUGAACCUGUCGGUGUCGGUGACCAUCGCAUUGUGUUCAAUGUCUUCAGCCUGCUCGAUUUUGACAACACACGCGUAUCCUAGGUCGCCACAGUAUUCUUCCGAUAUCGUUUCCUCCGUUGGAUGUGCCGUCCCUGAUGUCUAUGGUGGAGUAUGAGCGGUAGCUGUGUUAGCAGAUUGUCCAGGUCCGAUGUUAUCGUUGUGAGCUAUGUUUGCUCCGUUGUUCUUCCGGAGGUUGAUCGAACCACUGGUU